UAUUCACAUGGUAUGGAACAUUUAUAAUGAAGUUGCAAGGUGGUCUAUAUUUCUAGACAUUAGCGUCUAUGUAAUAGAACAAUGACAGUGGUUUCAAUUUCCAGUUAAAAAAUAUAGAAUUUACUUUCAACAGAACAGGUACAUAUACACAGACAAGGAAAUAUGGUUUAUCACAUACUUGGAAUAAUACUGGGUUCAUCCUUCACCUUACCAACAGUAGGAGCCAACAAAAAAUGUCUUGAAACAGUGGACGCACAAUACGGUGGACUUCACGCCAACUGUUCCCACAUUAAAACUUCAAGAGUUCCAGAAGAUCUUCCCGACAACACCACAACCCUAGAUCUAACCUUUAACAACAUUAAAACUCUGUAUAAUAAUGAUUUCAAAUAUCUGACUCAACUACGUUAUCUUGAUCUCAGCUUUAAUCCUAUUGAUACUUUACAAGAAUUCUCAUUUCAUGGACUUGAUUCAUUAUUAGUUUUAGAAUUCAAUGGACACAAUUUGAAUUAUACAGACAUCUCUAUGCCUUUGGAAGUGUUCUCCCCACUCCAAUCCUUGACGAAUUUAAGCCUCAGGUCUGAUAUUUCACGUUUUCCAAACCGUCAAUUUAUUAUACCAGAUCGAGUCCUAGGAUCCCUAACAAAACUAACACAUUUAAAUAUCGACAUGAGUUCCGAUUUUCAUUCUGGAUUUUCUAAUCUAACCGAGCUUAAGGAACUCAUCGUUGGUGGAACCUGGAAACACGGGCAAUGGUUAAAUUGUGAACUGUCCUUAUUAACAAACACAUCAUUUAAGGCUUUUUCUAAUAUCCCUGUUCAGCUACUUCAGCUAAAUAGCUGCAUAAUUAAAAGUUUCGAGGAAGACUUUCUUCUGCCAUUUCCCAACUUGAAAACAUUGUUGCUCAAUAAUAUAACUAUGAAGAAUGGUAAUUUUUCUCGCUUGAUUCAAGCUCUUCGUGUGUUUGAAUAUAAGAAUAUGACUGAGAUCAGUAUUAAUCGAAUUAUAACAUUUUUACCCUACAUCGGAUUUAAUAGAAGAUUAGAUCUACAAUCACUGUCCAAGAUAUGCUUGGAGAAACUUGACUUGAGUCAAAACCUGAUUAACCUUAUAGAUCUUGAUGUUUUGUUUACCCCACCCUAUCCACCCUUGACCAGAUGUAUAAGACGAUAUAAUUUUUCAGCUAAUCGCAUCACAGGAACAAUAAGUUUGCAUCGUGCCCCCUUUCUCUUUUUCGCCACGUCUAUGCUGGAAGACGCAGACUUAUCAGAUCAAAUGAAAUUCUCUUUCAACAAAUAUAUAAUCCGGGCAACACCAUCUGAUGCACAUCGUAAUUUUCCAGAACCAAUACCAAUCUAUAUCUCCAGCAAAUUGAGACGUUUAAACAUGGCUGGAUUACCACAUGAAAUUGGAGAAUUGAAGGUUAAUGUUGUGUUUUUUUUGGCGAAUAAUUUAAAAUAUUUGAAUAUGUCUUAUUGUGGACUGUACAAUAUGAAACGUAAAGUAUUUGGACUUGGUAAUUUGGAAAUUUUGGAUGUAAGUGGAAAUUCCUUAAGCAUCAUAAAUGUGGAAUUUCUUGAUGAGUUUCCAAAUCUUAAGACAUUGCAUGUGAGUAACGCUCUGUUGGAUAACGAUUUCCUUGCUAAGAAUGGUCGCAGAUUCUUUGGUUCUCUGAAAAAGUUGGAAAAUCUGGAUCUGUCUAGAAACGGUCUUGUGUAUUUACCUAACGGUUUAUUUAACUCAAUGGUUACAUUGAAAGUACUUAAUUUAGCCAAUAAUAACCUUAUAACUAUACCAGACGUAACCCAGUUGGUUAAGCUGAACGCUUUGUAUCUUACCGAUAAUGAAAUAACUACCUUAAACCAUCAAACUAGAGACAUGUUAGAGAAAACUAGCGAAAACAACAAGAAGUUACAGUUAUAUCUUUGGGGGAACACAUUUAUUUGUACCUGUGAGGCGAUUCCAUUUUUGUUAUGGUUAGAAGAAACUCGUGUUAAUUUAGAUCGCAUCAGUUAUUCUUGUGUAGAAUCAUCAGGAAUACCCACCUCGACUAAAGCCGUUUAUAACCAAUGGACAUCCUUCAACCGAAAAUGUGUUUCGUCCUCUUGGCUGAAUAUAGCUAUUGGGGAAUUCGCCAUCGUUGUUCUUACUCUCAUAGUAGCCUUUGUUUUCACCAAAAACAAAAUGAAACUGAAAUUACUGCUUUUAAGGAUGAUUGGAAAAAAUAUUUACCCAAAGAAAAGAGAUGAUUUUGUGUAUGACGCAUUUAUAAUAUACACGGACUCUAUCUCCGGUUGGGUUUGUAAUGAACUGAGAAAUGAACUGGAAACAAAUCGUGGAAUCAAGCUGAACCUUCGUGAUAGAGAUCACCUACCUGGUGGUUCCCGAGCCGAUGACCUGUUGGAAGCUAUACGUGACAGUUGGAAGAUUGUUUUAAUCUUAACCGAAGAUUUUUUGAGAAGUGAUCUAGCCUAUUUUGCUAUGUGUAACUGUUUAUCAUCAAUAACACUGACAACACCCCAGAGAUUAAUCGUUUUAAUCGAUCAUCAGAUAAAUCUAACGGCUAAUCUUGAUUUUCUUCUUGAAGCUGUCACCGAGGACAACAUUCUAUAUGUUGAUCUGCAGCAUCCGUUAAGUAUUGCUUUCUGGGACAAAAUAUCCAAUGUCAUUAAAUCAAAGGAAGAUAUAAACGUAUAG